AUUAAAAUAAAUGACAUCCUGUAAAAUAAUAUAUCUAUUAAUAUAAUUAAUUUUAAUUGUCGAGACAUUAAAUCCAAUUUACAUACACAUUGUGGUACUACUCAUGAACUGAAGUGCAUAUAAUUGAUGAAACAGAUGUCUGUUUAAAAAGAUGUGUUAGUUUUGACCACUGAUAACAAAUCAAGAGUGUUUGAAGUCAAAGAUCGGUUAAUACUUAAAUUCCCUUUUAUUGACAAACGAUAAGAUUUGAUUCAAAUAUUUAAUCAAACGUUUUGAAAGCACUUGACGUUCACUAAACUCUAACAAUAAUUUUUGAAUGUAUUCUUCAGAAAAUACUUUCCAAUAAAUUCAAAAUCCCAACGAAAUUGCAAGAAAAAUGAAGACUUUGUUUCUGUUGUCAAUUAUUUUAACUUUAAUUAAUUUAAGUCUAUCUCUCAAUAAAGAUGACCUGUUUCUAGACUGUCGGACAUAUCAAUUGUGCGAUAUUAAUGCCGACUGUGCGGCCAAUACACUGACACAACGACAUCAGUGCCAAUGUAGAGCUGGAUAUAGAGGCGAUGGCAUUGUUUGUAUUGAAGAGUCCGAGUCCUGUGAAUUGUUGGACAAUUGCGGAGAAAAUGCUGAAUGCAUUUCGGAUGAAGAAAGCAAUAAUGCUUACUAUUGUGCCUGUAAUCCAGGAUAUGUUGGGGACGGAUAUGUCUGCUAUGAAGGACUGAAUCAUCAAAGUUGUGAUCGAGUAAACAAUUGCCACACAAACGGCCAAUGCGUUAAUGAUCCUCGAAGUAGACAACAUCACUGUAAAUGUAAUCCUGGAUUCAUAGGCAACGGCCUAUUUUGUAUUCAAAGCACAGUGGUACCGGAUGAAUGUAAUGAACAAUUAAAUAAUUGCAGUCAUAAUGCUAAUUGUGUACUCAAUAGUGUUUUAAAUAGACACGAGUGUCGAUGCAGUGAUGGUCACAUCGGUGAUGGAAAACACUGUAUAGCUAAAGAAGAUGCCACUUGCGAUUUGUUUAAUAAUUGUCAUCCAAAUGCUAACUGUGCUUACGAUUUGAAUCUUCAAAAGCAUACGUGUCAAUGUAACCCAGGUUUUAAAGGAGAUGGCAAACAAUGCAAACAAUUGAUACUAUCGUGUAAUAUAAUAAACAAUUGUGAUGUUAAGGCUAAAUGUGAAUAUAGCUUUGACGCUCAGGGAUAUCGUUGUCAAUGUAUUGAUGGUUUUAUUGGUGACGGUCUAAUAUGUCGUCCAUCGCGAACCUGUAGGGAAGACCCAACAAUAUGUGAUGUAAAUGCCGACUGUAUGUAUAGCGAGCAUAUGUUAGGCCAUGUGUGUCACUGUCGCUACGGGUUUGUCGGCGAUGGCUUUGAGUGCAGUCCUGCCCCACAACAUGACGGCGAUUAUCUCAUCUUCAGUCAGGGAAUGUCUUUGCUUCGAAUGCCACUACAGAUUACUAAACAAAAUAAAGGAAAACUUCUUCUGACAAAAUCACAUCAAAUUCCUGCCGGUCUUGACAUCGACUGUUUGGAUGGUUUGGUCUAUUGGACUGAUGUGGCGCAUGGAUUGAUAUAUAAGUCUUUAUAUAAUGGUUCAUCAGUCAUGACUAUUCUUAACGGUAGUUUAGGAUCACCUGAAGGCUUAGCAAUUGAUUGGGUUUCCAGAAAUAUUUAUUGGACCGACUCAUUGAAAGACACGAUUGAAGUUUUAAGAAUCGAUACAAAAAUGCAUAAAGUUUUGAUUGAUUAUGGAUUAGAAGACCCCCGGGGUAUUGUAGUUCAUCCGGGAAGUGGUAAAAUGUAUUGGUCUGAUUGGAGUCGAUCGGCUCCCAAGAUAGAAGUGGCCAAUCUUGACGGCACCGGCCGAACGGUUCUUAUCAAUACUGAUUUAGGACUUCCCAAUAAUUUGGCUCUUGAUUAUGACCGCAAUGACUUGUGCUGGACUGAUGCCGGUUUACAUAGGAUUGAAUGCAUUGAUUUAUACAGCAAUAGUCGUCGCGUUAUUCACACUCCAACCGCUUAUCCGUUUGAUUUGUCAAUUGUCGGUAAUUCAAUUUAUUGGACUGAUUGGGAAAUGAAAAGUAUUCAAAAAGUCGACCGAACUGGAGGUUCAGCUGAAUUAUUAGAGCUACCAUUAGGUGGAAAUGGGAGACUGUAUUCAAUAGUCAAUAUACCGCGACAUUGUCCACGCAUUAGUAAUCACUGUGCCAUUAACAAUGGUGGGUGUAGACACCUGUGCCUACCAAACGGUUCGGGACGUACUUGUAUUUGUCCCGAUAGUGGCGAUGACUCGUGCAAUGAAGUUAUUCCCAAAUAAUAUUA